CUUUCCACUGAGGACUUUAACAAGCAGUGGGCCCUUGUUAAUAACUUUUGGACAAAAUACAAUAGUUACAUAUUAAAUAAUGGUGAUGAACGUAAGACUUUCGUUUGUAGACUUUCAAAGCCUCAUGAAUCAAGCGGAAGAAAAGAAAAUGUUCUCUCUGAAAAGCUUCGCAUAACCUGGAAAAACCCCGCCAUCAAUUGUGAAGCUAGAAUUAGAAUAACAUGGUUGGCAGCAUCGAAUAUGGUUAGAAUUGAGAGGGUUAGUGGUACCUCUGAUCAUAGCCAUUCAAUGAAAGAAAAUAAUAUGCGAAAACGGUCAAAAUUUAUUAAAGAUAUGAUAGGCAACGAGGCAAUUAAAGAUUACAAACUCUCGACAAUUGCUGAUGUUAUUAGGAAAGAAGCCUCUAAAUUAUGUGAAGACUCAGGCAUAAAAUAUUUAAAAACCAAGAAGGUCGCUAAUAUCAAGCAGAAGCUUGUUGAACCAAUGAAUUCGCAUCUUGUUGGAGAUGCAAAUUUAAAACCUGAUAUCUUAAAUACAAUCAAAUUUUUAAUAGAAAAUAAUUAUCAAGUUGAGUCUUUUCAAAAGCAAGGAUCACUUGAGCAUUUGCAGGGUUUAUGCUUUGCAAACUUUUAG